GCUGAAGGUCACAACCAGUGCGUAAUAUGAAUAAACUGGGAACUGUGUUUUCCAGUGGUGUCCUUGUCGAUAAAAUAUGGAAACGUUUUAUAAACCUUCAAGAAUAUCAGUGCAAAAAGUUGAUGUCAGAUCAUGGGAUUAACGUGCAAAGGUUCGUGCUUGUCAGAAACCCUAAUGAAGUUGAUACGGCAAAAAACAAUUUCAGAGUCAAAGAGUAUGUUAUAAAAGCCCAGAUACCGGCAGGUGGUAGAGGAAUGGGCGUUUUUCGUGAUGGGUUUAAGGGUGGCGUCCAUCUUACGCAGGAUCCAAAUGAAAUGGCGCUCAUAGUGUCGAGAAUGCUUGGAAACCACCUUGUCACUAAGCAAACGACAUCUUCGGGUAUCCUUGUCAGUCAAGUCAUGGUAGCAGAGGCGCUUGAUAUUCACCGCGAAACAUAUUUUGCUAUUUUAAUGGAUCGAACAUCUAACUCCCCAAUCAUGGUAGCAUGUAGCCAAGGUGGGAUGGAUAUUGAAGAAUUAGCUAAACGUUGUCCAUCUGAGAUUAUCAAAGAACCUAUUGAUAUAACUGUCGGAGUAACUGAGGACCAAGCAUCAAGAUUCGCCACGGCUCUGGGGUUCAAUUUACAUACUCGAUUGUAUGAAGAAACCUCCAAACAGAUUCAAAAACUCUACAAGAUGUUCACAGCUUUAGAUUGUGUUCAGGUUGAAGUUAAUCCUUUUGGUGAGACAAAGGAUGGUCAGAUUGUAUGUUUUGAUGCUAAAUUAGCUUUCGACCAGAAUGCAAUAUACCGUCAACCAGAAGUUCAUAAAAUGGCCUUGGAAGUUGAAGCUGUUGAAGUGGCUGCUUCUGGUCCGAAGAGUGCAGCAGCCUUAGAAGCUGAUGCUACACACAAUGGCUUAAACUAUAUUGGUUUAGACGAUGGGAAUAUUGGUUGUAUUGUAAAUGGAGCUGGAUUGGCUAUGGCUACUAUGGAUUUGAUUCAUUAUCAUCAUGGUAAACCUGCUAAUUUUCUUGAUCUGGGGGGAAGUGUCACCAUGUCUCAAGUUGAAAAAGCAUUCCACAUACUUGCCAAUGACAGGUUGUUGCCAAUUUUAACUCAAGUGUGGCAUUUGAUAUAUAAAUCAUAAAAAUAUUUUGUCUCGUACAAGUAUUUUAGGACAAGAAAAAAUGUGGAUGAAAAUUAUACUUUCAAAUACUUUGAAGAAUAACUUAUUUCUGUUGUAAAUGUAAAGAUCAACGAUUUUUUAGUCUUCUAAGGUAUACACCUUUAAGUUUUUGUAUUUACAUUUCUGACUACCCUGAGGAAGUCCAGACAAUUUUUCUGUACUAAACGUUGGAAUUACUUAAAUUUCAAUCGCUAAGAUUAUUUCAAAUAUGAUUUUCACAUAUAAUGACUUCUCUAUACUCGGCGCCCAAUUUUUGUCGGACUAUUCGUCCGAGUAUUGAGGAAUAUUCUCAUAAAGUUAUAAUACUUACUAUUCAUAUCUAAACUUAUAGUGUGCAAAACAAUUUUGUGGACUUGUUGUAACCAUUAUCUUAUCUUCUUAUUUUAACAUUCAAUGUGAUUAACUGACAUCGUUCUCUUCUAUUGAUUGUCGUACUUUUUCACUACGUGUUUCGUUUUACACGUUAUUUAGUAAACACCAAUUAUCGGUGCUAGCCACAACAUUUUUUGCUUCGAGUGUUUAUGACACUUCCUACCACUUCAUUCCUAUAGAUUCGUCAGAUCACACUGUUUACUUAGGUUUUCUUUUAUAUGCAUAGUCAUUAUCUGGAUGUUUUGCAACUUGAAGUACGUAGAUUUCUUUGAGUUUUUUGUAUCUAAUGUUUCCUAAUAUUUAGACAAAUGUUCCUCCAUGAAUUAUAUUGGAAUUCUUCAUUUUAAGUUUGCAUGCCUAAUAGAGUUGGUCAAUAAAAUUCUAUGUUAUUUAGGGUUUGUUUGAUUUAUCUAAUGUGCUUUUUAAAAAAACAGGUCGAGUUCAAAUUUUAUGUCAAAUUGUUUUCUACUGUAGUGAAUUUUUCAUCCGAUUUCCCCCUCUGUAGGAGACUCUCGAAUUGAUUGCAUUCUGGUGAAUAUAUUUGGUGGGAUCGUUAACUGCAAAAUAAUUGCUGAAGGUCUUAUAUCAGCUCUAAAGAAUGGUAUUGUUAAUAUACCGGUUGUUGUUAGGCUUCAGGGUAACAAUGCUGUCGAAGCUCAGUCCCUUAUUUCUAACAGCGAUUUGGAGUUGAUUGCCGUCAAUAGCUUAGAAGAAGCGGCGUCACUUGCAGUUUGGAAAGCAGCGUGUAUACGUGGUAACUCCCUAACCUGUGAUUCAGUUGCUUAGUUUUAUGUAUUUAUGCAUGUGUAAUAUGCAAUUCACUUUUCUCUGUGCUUCCAUCUAAUCAUUCAAAGUUGUAUCUAUUUGGCGACGUCGUUGAGUGCUUUUCGUCCUAAAAUUACUUGCUACUUUAGCAAGUAAAUCAAUCCAGUGUAUUUACAUAGACAACUAAAAAUUUCAAAUGGAUUUACUACCUUAUUUCCAACGCUUUUACUUUGUUCACUAUGACUUAUCUCCGAAAUAAAGGUUUGGCCACAUAUUCUGAAGUAAAAAUUUUCACUAUGAUUACAAA